AUGACUCUGGACGAUUUUGAAAAGUCAUUGGCGGAGGAUCAGGAGAAGCGCCGCGCGAAGAGCGACCGAGAGAAACAUCACCGGCAUCGGGAUCGCAGCAGAGAUCGCUCAAGACAUCACCACCGUCACCACCAUCACCGCCGUCACUCAUCACGAUCCAGAGAACGCGAGUCCAAUAGAUACAGGGAUUCUCGACAUAGUGAUGAGAAUGGACACCGGCAUAAACGGUCGCGCCAUUCAACGGACCACGGAGACGACCGAGACCAUUCUCAUAAACGUCGGCACCGACAUGAUGACAAAGAGGACGAGGCAGAAUCAUCGAAGGAAGCGACUCAAGAAGAACCGACUCGAUUAAAAAGAGACGCAUGGAUGGAAGCACCCUCUGCCCUUGAUGUGGAUUACGUACAGCGACGUGAUACCACGCGCCUAGAGGAACCUAAGUCGAAAAUGCUUCAGGCGGACUUCGAGCUCAAAAUCCACGAUCGGGAACUGAAUAGCCAUCUACGCGAUUUGAAAGAUGGGAGGGUGUUAGAGGAGAUACAGGAAGAGCCGGCACAGCACGAAGUCGAUUAUACUUUUGGUGACGCGGGCUCUAAGUGGAGAAUGACGAAGCUGAAGGCCGCCUACAGGGAAGCUGAAGAGAGUGGAAGGUCCUUGGAAGACGUUGCUAUCGAUCGGUUUGGAGAUCUACGUUCGUUUGAUGACGCACGCGAGGAAGAGGCGGAGCUAGAUCGUCGCGAGACAUAUGGUGACGGCUAUGUUGGUAAAGAGAAACCCACAGGAGAACUCUUUCAGGAGAGAAAACUCGAGGAAAAUGUCCAUCGAGACCCUCAUGAGCACGUCCGGAGCCCUACAAGGGAACUUGAAGCUCGUGGGCAAGGCAAACCAAUGGAUACCGAGCCUCCUUCGAAUACUACCCAGCAUCUAGACCUAACGGCUCUCAAUCGACUUAAGGCGCAGAUGAUGAAGGCGAAACUUAAGGGUUCAGCGGAUGCUGCUGAGCUUGAAGAGCGCUAUAAUGCUGCGGCAGCAGAGACGGCGAACAGGAAGGAAUCCGACGUCGUGGUACUAGGCGUGAAAGACAAUCGAAUGCUGGCAGGGGCAAGGAAUGAAGUGAAACCGGUAGAAACUAAACGGGGUCGAGAGCGAGGCAAAGUCGAAGAGAAUGAAGACAUGAGUAUCGAGGACAUGCUUCGCGAGGAGCGGAGGACGCGGGGCCAAUUUGGGGGAGAUGGCCGAAGGCUCGCCGAGAGAAUUGCAAAGGAUGGCAAGUUCGAGAAUGAUCUAGAGUACAUGGACGAUAAUGCCUCCAAGUUGGCCAAGCGGGUGCAUCGGUCUGAAAUUGAUAUCAAGAAUAUUGCUAUUCACGAAUUCCAGAAGAUGAACCGGAUUCUCGAUAACUGCCCCCUCUGUCACCAUGAGGACACAAAUUCUCCCCCAAUUGCCCCCGUGGUGUCUCUAGCAACCCGAGUUUAUCUGACUCUGCCUACCGAACCCGAGCUCAACGACGGCUGCGCCACCAUCGUCCCCAUCCAACACCGAAACAAUCUUCUCGAAUGUGACGAUGACGAAUGGGAGGAGAUCCGAAACUUUAUGAAGAGCCUGACUCGCAUGUACCACGAACAGGGGCGCGACGUCAUCUUCUACGAGAACGCAGCUCAGCCUCUCCGAAAGAGGCAUGCGGCGAUGGAAGUUGUCCCGCUGCCGUACAGCCUUGGAGAGACCUCGCCUGCAUUCUUCAAGGAGGCCAUCCUCUCUUCGGACUCCGAAUGGACUCAACAUCGGAAACUAAUCGACACCGCCGCUAAGGCCAAGCAGGGGCUGGGUCGAUCGGCAUUCCGGCGUACUCUGGCCAAGGAGAUGCCGUAUUUCCACGUUUGGUUCGAGCUGGAUGGGGGUCUGGGCCACGUGGUCGAGGACGAGAAUCGGUGGCCCAAAGGCGACCUCUUCGCUCGAGAGGUGAUUGGGGGGAUGCUGGACCUGGGACCAGAUGUGAUUAAGCGGCAGGGACGCUGGCAUCGGGGUGGUGACCGACGAGUUGAUGGGUUUAAGAAACGGUGGAGGAAGUUCGACUGGACAAGGAUUCUCGUCGAGGGGUGA